GACGCGCGCUCAGGUGUGUUUUUCUGUUUUUGUUCCGGUUAGUUUUCCUGCGCAGGUGAUAAGACCAGAUUUCAGCUUGGGAAAUGAUAGAUUCUGCACCGUAUCAAAGCGAUGGGGAAAGUCGAGCACCACGGAAGCACAGAUCCCACCCAAGAAGUGACCAGAGCGGUAACCACGACUACAACCCUAAAGUGCAGAGCGGACACAGGCCUGAUCGCGAUUACGGCCACAACGAAAGAGCCAACGGCAGGAACCAGCCGGAGCGGAGUCGACAUCGGGAGAGAGAUCAAUACAAUGAUGAAAGAGGGCAAGUGAGUCAUAAGGAGGGGAGCAGAACCAGGUACCAGGACAGGGAUCGGUACUCUGCAGACAGGGAUCCGGACCGGACCCAGAACCAGAGGAGCCGUGAUCCGUACGACAAACGGGAGCAGCACUCCAGAGACAGAGAACAAAGUAAGAAUCGUGAGGACAGGACGCCAGCGCGUUACGAGGAACGGGGCAGAUCUCACAUGGAAAGGGAGCAAUACCCGAGCCGAGAGGAGAGAAGUCGUGAAAACCACCAGGAGAGAGACUGGCCUCAAAGACAUUACAGCAACGACCGUCCACAUGAUCACGAGACGCAUAUCAGCGACCAGGAGCCUUACUAUAAAGCGGAGAGAUCGUUUGCUCCUAACGGCUCCCAGAUGAACGAUGUUGAAUAUUAUGAAAGCAGUUCAUACGGCGGAAUCCUGGAUUGUCACAAGUGCAGAUACCUUUGCACGGGCCGAGCUUGCUGUCAGAUGGUGGAAGUUCUGCUCAACAUGUUGAUCCUGAUAUGCAGUUCUGUGUCCUUCAACUCUACAGGGGGCUUCACUGGGAUCACUAACCUGGGUGGGAUUUACUAUUACCAGUUUGGCGGGGCUUACAGCGGCUUUAGCGGAGAAGAUGGAGAGAAGGCCCAGACUCUAGAUAAGCAGUUCUACCAGUUGAAGCUCCCCACCGUCAGAGCCUCCAUGGCUUUUGGCGGCGCUCUCAUGGCUUUCUGUUGCCUACUGGUUUUACUGGGAGUGCUUCGUGUCCCCUGGCGAUUUCCAGUCUGGCUGCUUGUGGAAUGCGUUCUAGAUAUCCUUAUAGCUUUGGGCUACAUACCGGCUCUGUAUUUUUACUUUACUCACUUGCACGAAGCCUACAAUUCCCAAGUGUGCAAAGACCGGGAGAGUCUGUAUAGCAGUAAAGGGUACCAGGGAUUUACCUGCGGUCUGCACGGGGCAGAUAUCGCAGCCGGCUUGUUUGCAUGCAUGGCAAUCAUCGCCUUCAUCGCCAGCGCCGUACUCGCCAUCAAGGGGUUUCUCAGAGUCCGCCAGCUGAAAAAGAAGCCAAAGAGCACAUUUGAUUUGUAGGGGUUUACAUAUACAUAUUAUAUAUAUAUAUAUAUAAAGUCAUUAAUACAGGGCCCUAUGCUAUACCUCUAAAGCAGCACACAGUAUAAGGCACCUGCAGGUCAUGUGUAUAUAUAAGGGGACCGCAGUUUGUAUCUAUGUGUAAGAAUCGGUGGGAAUGGGUGUUUUUAAAUAUCCUGUUUUGUAAAGAUUUGUUUAUUAAUAAAAAGUGGUUACAUGA